AACCCUCCCUUUUUAUGAACAAUUGCAAUUUCGCGAGGGAAUUAUCAAAGUUUUCCAAAGGCCUGAAACCUGUUUAUUCCUGUUUCGUUCGCAGUAGGGGCCAAGCUGGGGGCCUCUCUCCGCUACUUGAUGAUACAAACUCAAGUGUCAGCUCAGGUAGAAGGAGGACAGUGAAUGCAUCUACGUGGACUUCCUUUCUCUGCUUUUCUCCAUCACACACUGCCCCAGAUGCCAAGUCAAGAUGGUGUCUUGUCUGCUGUGAUAACCAGGGAGCCAAACUGUGCCACCCGAUCACCACACGUCCAUUCUCCUCCAGAGUGGGGCGAUUUCAUAGGGAGCUUAAUGCGAUCGAUUGGCCAGGCCCUUUCAAGAUCAGCGCCGGUUGACUUGCCUGGCCUGCCUCGGCCUCCUAUCAAAUCCUUCCUGAGCUCCGGACUGGCCUUUGUUUCCCUUUGCGGCAUCUAGUUUAAGCUCUCCGCAAAACCGGUUCUGCUCAGUCUUCUGCACAUGCAAGAUCCCAGCCACGAACUGAACAGCAGCAGCAGCAGCAGUGAGCAGCCAGACUUGUUCACCACUUUCCCUUCCUCGCUCGCAUUGCACUCUCCCUUUGUCCGUAAGACCUUGUUCUCUGCAAAGUCCACAGUGUGAGCGAGCUGAAGUUGGGAGCAUUUGCCUCUUGCCGAAGAUCACUGGAUGGUCCGAACAGCCGAUGAAUUGUGACCAGAAGAAGAGUGAAGAGAAAGAGAUGCAGAGCUGCAAGUCCAGAGUCGAAAUCAAGAGUUGGGAAACGAACGCGGGAAAAGCGCACCUCAUCUCCUCUGAGGCAACACCUGGGACAUGCUCGCAGAGAAAACAACUAAAGGAGAGGUCCACAGCCAAUCCUCUGUCAGUAAAAGCAUAUGGUGUGGAGCAGAGUUCAGACUUUAGGAUGCAAGAAGCAGAGGAGGCUGUGUGGAUGCCGCUUGCUGUUAGUCAGAGACGCGCAGAGGCUGAGAGACGAGCUGCACAACUGCACUCCCACUGAAUGAGAAGAGCAGAGGAACAAGGCGCUUCCUACCAGACAAUCGAUGUCGUCAUUGACCUGUAAUGCAUCUUAUUUGGGUUGUUGGUGUGUAUUACCUUGUUCGGCUACACUCGAUGCUGCUUUCAGUGCUUUGUUGGGGUCCAAGACAGCCUGGACCUCUGCUGGGGCUAUGUCAUUGAGGAGUAUGAGAUCAGAAAUGUGGACGCCUGCUUCGUGAGACUCGACGCCAUUUUCAACAACAACAGUCGCGUGAUCGAGUCAGCCAGAGUUGGAGCAAGCUAUGAUCAGCAGCUGAAUGACAUAAUGGAUGCAGAGAUUCAGCCUAUACUUCAGGAUUUCUAUCAGACACCUAAUUACGACUACGUGUACGAGCAGAGGUUGCAGACAGCGGCAGACAAAUUCGUUGCAGCAGCUUCACAACUGCCUAGAGUGUCUGGAUGCUACCCUCCUUGUGGUUUCCAGAGUGCCGGAGCUGUGUACAAUUGCAAGACAUGCACAUAUGACUCCUGUGAAUUUCCCCUCGACUGCCCAGUCGAAGAAAUUAAGGUAACGGAGAACACCAGGAUCCGCAUGUGGUGCAAAGUACCGUUCGACUUGCCCAGUGACUUCCAGGCUGUGUGGAGGUUUGCAGAAGAGUUAAAGACUCAGCAGGUGGAUGAGUUCAAAGAGGUGACUGCUGGAGUGGACAUGGUCUUCUCCAUCCCCUCCACAACCUCACAGCACCAGGGCACCUACCAGUGUGAGAUCUACUCCGACCAGCGCUCCAUCAUCAGGCUCUACUAUCACCUAUCAGUGACCCCCCAGGAUGAGGUCGGCCACACAGAGCUGCAGGAGAUAUUCGACCUGUCUCUGCUCCCGGGAGGGUCGUUACUCCCCACAGAAAAGCCGUCCCGCCACAGUCCCUCUGCAGUGCUGCUCGGAGCCUGUGUCAGUGCUGUACUGCUGCUGCUGCUCCUUUCUCUGGGCAGGACUUUAUAUUUGUUGUCAACAUCAGAGAAAAGAGGUGAUGUGGAAACUGAUGCAGCAGGGGACCCCGAGUGUUAAACACACAUACUGUGUGUCAUUUUGACAUCUUCAUCUUUGUAGCUGUAGUUCACUGUUGUUAACACUAGAUGGCGACAUACACAAUUGCAUCUGUAUUACUAUCACAUCA